GUAGAAUGAACUGGAAACCUUCAAUUAAAAAUGUAAAAUCUCCAUCAUAUUCAUCCCCCACAUCGUCUGCAGGUCCAAUAAGGCGUUCUGUAAGCUGCCCUCGUUCAAUAUCAGUAUUGACUGUGCAGUCACAGGCAGCUGAGCAACGUCCCUUUUCAGCCAAAGCGUCUCUGCAAAUUCAGCGUGCAUCCUCAGUGAAUAGGUCUCAUUCUUUAAAUCGCAGCCCAUCUUCAGCCAGAGUCUCUCAGACACCCAGCUUGGGACCUAUGAACUCUUCAGGGAGUGAGUCUUUGCUGCAACAGAAAACAAAAGAGCAAGAAGUUGCUUUGACAAAAGAGACUCUUCUCAUUAUGAAUGACAUGAGAAUGAAGUUCCCAGGAAAAACAGAAGAAGAAUCAGAAUUAAUUAUAGAAGAUAUUAUGGAUAAUUGGAAAUAUCAUAAAACAAGAGUGGCAUCCUAUUGGUUGGUAAAACUGGAUUCUGUAAAACAACGAAAAGUUUUGGAUAUAGUCAAGACAAGUGUUCGUGCAGUUCUACAGCGUGUCUGGAAGGCUCCAGACAUUGAAAAUUUACAUCUGUAUCGUCUCUUUAACCGUGUAUUUAAUCGCUUGCUUUGGAGCCAUGGUCAAGGUCUAUGGAACUGUUUCUGUAAUUCAGGGAGCUCUUGGGAAACCAUAUUCAGUAAAAGCACAGAGGUGGUGACUCCUGAGCAACUCCAGUGUUGCCAACGAGUAGUACAGCUUUGUAAACACUGCCUGCUGGUGGUUUACAAAUAUUCAUCAGAUUCAAGAGGAUCUCCAACUGGGAUUAGCCCCCACUGGGAUGAUACAAGAUCCCUCAAAGUCACUGAUUCCAGAUUUGCAUUCCUAGAGGUAUCCUAACAUGUAUGAUACUUCUGGCUUCACAUUCGCAGUGGGAUGCUAUAGGGGCACAGCUCCAGCCAAGGGUCAGGUAUUUAUUGCCAGGACCUUCACUCUUCAUCACGAAAUCAUCUUCGUCCAACCUUAGCUGCAGUUCGUCUGGCAUGCCUCGCCCUAACAUUUUGUUCACACACAGAUACAGUCACUUGUGAAACAAAAGGAAAGUUGCUGUUCUUUGUAAAUAAUGGCACUCCUUUUUUUUUGCAAAUUAAAAUUUGUGAUGGAGCUAAAUAUAAACACUAUUGUAUAUUUACUACCAUAUUAUGAUAACAUUUAGCUGAAAACCUACUGUAAAAGCAUAGCUUCAUUGGAAACAUAAUAAACCUUGUUAAGUUGUUUACACACACAUGUGAAUGUGUAGAUCUUGCUAGGUUUAUAAGUAAUUCCUUCCUACUAAAAAUGUUAUUUUUGCUGCAGAAUAUAUAAAAUGGAAUUGAUCUUGAAGAUCCUAUUACAGUGUUACAUUAUUUUGUAAAUACACUUUGAAUAUUAUUUAUUGUAAAGUAUACUAUUUAUUGUUUCAAAUGUAAUUGAUCCUUUAACAGAGAUGAUGACUAAAAAACUGUAGUAGAACACUGAAACU